AAUUGCUCCACGACGUCGCGGACAAUUUAUUUUAUUCCAGAGGCGGUCUUUCCGGAGUAUUCAAACCGGGUACCAUAUCGGAAUGUCUAUGAAUCAAAGUCACUCCGCGAACGGCAAUGGUGUUGUUCUAUUUUAUGGAGAAAGGAUGUUAAUUUAUUACGAUGGAUGUCAUGUAGAACUCGAUGGUCAGUUUCUCAAGUUUUCACAUAUGGGACGUUUGUACCUGACUUCACACAGAGUAAUUUUUAUCAACAAAAAAGCAUCAUCAGGCGUACUGUCAUUCAGUAUGCCAUUUGUUAAUAUGAAAGAGGUUGAUAUUAAACAACCUGUGUUUGGUGCGAAUCGUGUAGAAGGCAUAAUUACGGCUGAACCGAACGGUGGCUGGCAGGGCGAAGCAAAAUUCUCAUUAACUUUCAAAAAGGGUGGUGCAAUUGAAUUUGGCACAACAUUAAUCGAACUAGGCAGACGUGCAUGUUCUGCAAAACAACAUUUCAAACCGCCAAAUGCAUAUUUAUCUGUAGCAGAUAUGAAUGGUGCAGGCCAGUAUUAUGCUUGUCCACCACCAGCUUAUUCUGCGCCUUACAAUGAUCCAUACUAUGGAUUUGUACGACCACAUGAAGCAUUCACUGUACCUCAAGCAGAAACACUCUAUCAAGUCAGAGCACCACCUCCAUAUCCUGGUGCAACACCUACUACAAUGGCUAAUGAUUUUGGAUCUGCUGCUACUAGUCAGUACACAACACCUUAUCCUACUAACUCAACAACUGUAGGUGAGAAUGCACCAUAUCCAGUUACCAACUCAACACAAGGAUGUUUAUCACUUAUCAAGUUCACAAUUUUGUGGAAAAAUCCGAUUUUGUAGUCUGAAAAGAGUUGGUGCUAUCAAAUUACUCUUAAUGAGUAUACCAUCCGACUAUAUUAAUAGGUUUAUCCGUAAUAUCUUAUGUUUUAGACACUAACUACAUCCAUCUAGAACGAUUCAAAGUGCAAAUGGAUAAAAUAUAGCAACAAUAUGCAUAGCCACGUCAAACCUAUCAGGUGAUUCUAUAAGUAAACCUUCAAGGUAGAAGUUUGUGCUGAUGAUUUUGUUCAGAAGAACAAUGAAGGCUCCACGACCAAACUAUCCACAUCAGAGAAUAAAACUCCAACUAAAUCAUCUACCUGAGCUAUAAAUAUUCACCAUCUUCAUUUAUAUUACAUAACCUUUAUCUUUUUAAUGUUAUCAGUCUUCCAUAUUAAAACAUUACUGUGAUAAUCGUUUGGAAAUAAACUUGCUUAGAAAAUAUCUAUCUUAAAGCAUUUAAAUAGAAAGUGGAUGCUAAUAGGUUACUAUAAGUUGUUCACUAUUCUAAAACUAAGGUUUGUUACUCGAACAGACCUUAUACUCGUAUCUGGCAAGUUUCUUGUACGUCUCAAAUUAUUUAUUUUAUUUAUUUAAACACAUAAAUAUUGGUACAAGGAAGCACCAGAUACAUAUGCGCCAUAUAAAUCUCAUUCGAUUUGCUUGAGGGCUGUGAUACUGCCCAGGUGCCCGAACUGAAGCAGGUGGUUUUCUUAGGGGGCCACACCCAGAGCUAUUGACCUAAAGAUCUGAUCCACAAGGCAGUGGAGCAUCGUGAGGAGAUGCAGUCCCAUGGUAGCCGGUGAUCAACGAUUGAUUCGUACGCCAUUUGUUUCCUCGGGAUACUGGAGCUCAUAUGCACCAUUGGUUUGAAAUCAGGGUUUUCCAACUCCCCUAGGUGGACCCUCCAUGUCCACCAACCCGGUUAAAGCGCCGGACAUUCGCUUUUCGUUCUCUCACUUUUGUGAACAACACCCCCGCCACGAGAAGGCAGUGAGUAGGACUUCCCUGACAGAGGCUAUAUAUUCGCUGGCCAUGUGAGAGCAUUUGGAGAGGGAGAGGUGACUCUCCCCACUCUCGGCCGUACCAGGGCAUUUGGGGGCACGUCUCAAAUUAAUGUUACUAGAACUCGCAACUAUUUUCAGCCUGGAAAAUGGCUACGGAUUCUACGUUAGUUACUACGCUAAAAUAUUUUACGGUUAAUGAAUUGUGUUUAUCGAAAUUAUUCGUAGCAAUUGUAAUUUUGUUUAUAGUUAUGCUCGUAAUUAUUCAUAAACAUACUUAUCAGAGUGACUUACUUUAGGAGUAAUGCUGUCUUAAUAAAUUUCAUACCUCUCUGGUCAUAAUGAUUUAGAUGAUGUUCACGUGGUGUAGUUCAUAGCUUCCACAUAAUAAUGGUCUUUUUGCAAAAGUAUUACUUGAUAAUUAAAAUAACUCAUAGUGUCAUUGAAUAAGAAAAAGAGAAUUCAGUGAAGAAAAUUUUCUUCGCUGAGUUCUCUUUUUCGUAUUACUUGAUCUUUAGCCUACUUUGUCAACGCUUGUUUAUUUCUAGCAUAAUAUUUAUUUGUUGACUGGGUUAGACCCUAAUUGUUAUGUUUUUAACUUGUAUCAUUUUAACUAAAUCGAAUGAAGCUGCUGCUUCUAAUGGUCCUGCCAAUGUUGUAAGUGGAGGUUACUACUUUCCAGAAGAUCCUUUUAGUGUAUACGUACAACCUAAUGCGCCAAAUUAUCCAGGCAAUCCCCCAUCUUAUCCGGGUAUUACUCAAGAUAAUCAUAAUCAAACAGCUCCCUAUGCAACUGAAAAUUACGGUCCACAACAAAACGCUUCUAAGAAAAAUCAGUAAUUAAACUUGAUUUUAUUUACCUCAUCUUUUUAUAUUGAGGAAAAUGACAUCAUUUGGUCAUUAUUGAGAAAUGGUGCGAAUAUGUCUGUCAUAUUUUUCAACAAUUUUUUGAUUCAUACCGACAAUUCAACAUAAUGUGAUGGUUACUUUCUUUUCAUUUCUUGUUUGAACUCAAUUAUUUUUUGAUUCACAUAAAAACAUCGUUUUGGUUGUUUUUUCCCACCUAAAUAAAUUAUCUGAUACCUUGAAUUU